AUGCUUCGGAAAGUAAAAUUUAAAUUUUCUAAUAGAUUAUGUUUUACAGAUUUAAAAUAUACGUUUAAUGGAAAUUGCAAAUAUCAUGUCAACAAUUACAUAAGGAAAACAUUUGGUGGAUCAAAUGCAACUUGCAAUAGCCUUGGAGGAGCAGUCGCAAUGAUGAAAACAGACGCAAUACAAGAUUUUGUUGAAAGUCAAAUAUUAGCACAGUAUGGCGAAGGAGGAACAAUUGCAUUUUGGAUUGGAGCUUAUAAACCUAAUACCGAUUGGUUAUGGCUUGACGGUACGCUUAUUACAAAUGGAAAGUGGUCGUGGUCUGGAAUAAGCCAAGGAAAUGGAUAUUUAUUUAUGAAUUCUUAUAUGACAACAAGGGACAAUAUGAAGUGGAUCAAUAAUGACGGGUCAAGAACUCAGGGAUAUGUUUGCGAGGUUUCAACCGUUGACUUGUGCUCUUCAUCCCCUUGUCUUCAUUGGGGAACCUGCUUAAGUAUUGGGUGUCAAAGAAGUUGUAAAUGUUUGAAUGGUUUUACAGGAAAUAAUUGUGAGACAACUCCAAUUUCAAUCUCCUCGACAAAACAAAACUACACUGCAAACAUCAGGGAAUCUAUCACAGUAACGAUAAAUAUCCAAAGCAAUCACGGCCCGGUGAGAAUACGAGCCUUCAGAAAUUCAAACUUCAACAAUGUGAUUUCUACCAAACGAAAUGUUGUUUCAAAUGUUACCGAAAUACAGCUUGGGCCUUUUAUGGAUCCCAGCACGAAAACCAUAUAUACUUUCCGCGCAGACCCCGAAUCCAACCUUGGUGCCUAUUUCAUAUCAACAUCGAUUACUGUCGUUAUUGAAGUUGAAGCUACAAUAAGUCAGCUACAACCGACAGGUAUCACCAUUGGAACAAGCCCAUAUUCUAUCAGAUGUUACGCAACCGGCGUGCCAUCACCAACUAUUCGUUGGUACAAAGAUUCAACACUUAUCACCACAAAUACUUCAUCCAAUGUAUAUCAGCGGAUAGAUAAAACUUAUGUUGAAUUCAAUGCCCAGAAAGCCAACAUUUCCAAUGCUGGAAUCUAUACCUGCGUUGCAACUAAUACGAUACAAGGAAUUAGAAAGUCGUCAAAUUCUACAGCAGUCGUAAGGGCAAAAGUUACCCUCGUCAACUCAUCAGCAACAAUGCCAAACACCACCUCCGAAUCUCUUCAACUAAUGUGUUUGUACGACGGAUUUCCGACUCCCAAAAUAGAAUGGAAAUUUAAAAGAGGCGGAAAUUAUCAGAAGAUUGUUUCAAAUCUUUCUGGAUCAGUGUUCAAAUAUCAGAAUUAUGCUGAACCCGCGUAUAGCCCGAUCAGAAACAUGGGUCAAUUAUAUAUUUCAUUACAUGAAUAUUUGGGGACAAUGGAAGUUGUCUGCUCUGCAUGGAAUGAAUUCGAAAACUCGUCCGAUGUAAAGGUUUUUCAAAUGAACCAGAAUGUCGCGAUAUCUUCUGGGAAGUUGUAUAAAUUAUUCGGAAAAAUUCAACACGAAAAAAGAAAUAUGACCGGUGCUCAACACUAUUGUUAUUCUACUGGAAGUCGUCUGGCUAAAAUAUCCAACAGCAAAACUCAAGCAUCUCUGAAAUCAAUGAUUGUCCAAACCGUGUUUGCAGCAAACAUAUAUAUAGGUGCAAAAAGGACAAUUGAAGAAAAUAGUGCAAUAUGGAGAUGGAAUGAUAACACAUUGUUUUACAACGAGACGAAGCAUGGAAGGUGGAUGCAGAAUGAAGGCUUUGUAGAUGGAAAUUAUGUUGCUUGGCAUCGAGGAAGGCCCUAUUAUGAUGUAUCUUGUCUAGUUUUGCGAACAAAUUAUCAGUGGGAAUGGGCUGAUUCAUAUUGUAUAUCAAUUAUUGGCUUCAUUUGUGAAAGAACAAUUCCGGAUAUCACAAAAAAUUUCAAUGCAACAGUAGACGAAUGCAGCACUAAUAUAACACUCAGGUGGUUUACUUCAGCAGAAGCAGUGGGAGUUUUACACAGAAUUGAUGUCAUACAUGAAGAAUCAAAUACGACUUUACAAAACUGGAGAACAGAUGUUGUUCCUUCCCAUCAAAAUUUGAUGUCAUUGAGACUAUUAAACUUAAAUUAUUCUACAGCGUAUCUUAUCCGGAUGACUGUUUGUCCAAUUGAGUGUGAGCAUCCAUUUGUAACAAGCAGAAAAAUAAGAAUAAAAGCUGCGAUUGCUUCUAACAUUUUGGCAAUUGAAGCUAAUGUAACGAAAACAACACAGAACAAAUCUUGUUUAAUAUCUUGGAAGAUUGAUGCAACAAAAUAUGAAAUACUUGGAUUCAAAAUACGCGCAAUGUCAGUUCUUGUCUACACAGCAAUUGAACCAAAUGGGCCACAUAUAGAAGAGCUCAAUGCAGCCACAGACCCGAACCACGUAAACUUUGCUUAUUCCUUCAACAGAAAGUAUUCAUUUAGCAUUCAGGCAGUGACAUGUACUGGUCACGGUCCAAUGUUCGAUGUGUUGGGAAGUUGUGUCGCAGAAAGAGGGGCACCCGAUGUAGUUCACGUACCUGCGAUAGUAAAAUCAACUAAAGACGGAGAUGUCGGUGUCACAAUACCAUUCCCAGAAGAAAGUAAUGGACCAAUAAGUUGCUUAUUUCUGAUUCUUGUCUACAAACCUGACAACACUUCAAAUCAAUGGAUAAAAACAUUUGAUGAUCUUGUCAAACUCGCCAAAACAAAAGUAAAUGAAAAUGAAGCUUAUAUAGCAUUUGCAAUGACAAGGUCAGAUAUUUCAGAUGCGCAAAGUCGUGCGAUUUCAAAAAAUCUAGGUGAUGAAACUGUGUCGUCAUGCAUUGUUAACGCUAAUAUAAAUGCAGUUCGCACAAAACGAGAAGCAGCCAAAAUUGAAAUAAAAGGAAAUAAUCUAAAACUUGAAGAUGGCGCAGAAUACAGUUACUUUACGAUAUCUGCAUCUCCGGGAGACGACAACGCAGUAAUGUUGAAAUUCAGCAAUGUAUCCCACUUCAUAAAAGAAACAGCAACGACAGAGGAAUCAACCAACACGACGAUUGCUAUUACUGUCACUUGCAUCGGAAUCAUAAUUGUUGCGGUGUUGUUAGUUUUUUGGAUAAUUAGACGAAAGAGGAACAGUAACAAAGAAAUAAAAUCAGCCACGCAACAACGAUCCGGAGAUGCUCCCGCUAUUAGUCCAUAUGAAACCACAUUCAUAUCAAGCGUCGCUUCAUCAAGUUCUAAACAAAUUCAACCAGAGUCCCCAUACACCUACGAAAACGAUGCCACGUGUUACGAAGAACCAAUGUCGACAAUCAAAAAAGACGAAAACAGCAGGAAAACAUAUGAAAAUUUGAAUCCCUACGAGACUUGUGAUAUCAAGUCAGAUUCGGAUGAAACUAAGUACGAGGAAGUAAAGCCGAAACGUUGAA